CAGUGGCUCUCACAGUUAAGAAAGCGCCCACUGGCGCAGAAUGAAUGACUACGACACACGAUUAAGAUCAUAUACGUGACAACCACCUAAAUCCUAUCCGGGAACCUGCCCGACAGCCAGCGCAUCGAUUCGGGGAUGUGCAUCAUAUCAUCCACGAGCAAAUCCUCACCAUGGUUGGCGUUCCAAAAAGCAAAGGAUGCCAGACAUGUCUCCAGCGGCGGGUGAAGUGUGAUCUACUACGCCCGGAAUGCACUCAGUGCACGCGAUACGGCGCCGACUGCCCUGGCUAUACUCGUCCCCAUAAAUUCAUGGACGAAGGCCCACAACUCCGCCAACGCUUCAAAAAGAAGCAAUCCCAGUCUACCCCUACCCCUACCCAGCCUCCCGACUCUAUCGACGAGCGCAUCUUACCGUCCCUAGUAGCACAAUCAAUGGGCAAACAACAACCCGUCGUCUUUGGCUCCUUCGUCCUCACAGCAUUCACACGCUGGUUCGGACUAAAUCGAUACCGAGUCCAUGUGCCAUGGACGGAAUACAUCGCACAGCAUGGAGGCCAAAGCCCCGCCUUUGACGCAGCGAUUUUCUGCCUCAAUGCCAUUUUCAUGGGUCAGAAACAUAGCAAUACAAUGCUCAAGCGCUCAAGUCGCGAGGUAUAUAGCAAUGCGCUGCGGUUAUUCGGUGGUCGGAUUCGCAACGCAGAUGCGAUGAAGUCUACCGAGAGUGUGAGCAUUACUAUUGCAUUGAGUCUGUUCGAGGCAUACUCGCGCACGAACCCGGACUCGUGGGCUCACCACGCAGCCGGCACUGCAUUGUUGAUGGAGCAUCGCGGUCCCAAGGCGCAUUUAACCGGCUUCGACCGGUGCCUCUACCUCUCCUUCCGGAGCUUCCUUGUCGCGGAGGCAUUCGUCAGUGGGAAACGGUGUAUCUUCGAACUACCAGAGUGGCAGCAACACAUCGACCAAGUGCGAAUGGAAGAUAUGGCCUCACCACGCGUCGACGGACCUAUCGCCCUCUUCAUCGAUUUACAAGAUCGGAUAUUCAAAGAAGUCGUCAAAGUACCGGGCUUACUAGUCCAGGCACGCCAAUUACACACCACCGACGACCCACCACAGACAAGACGAGCCUUAUCAGCGCAAGUCCUCCACAGCAGUCAGUCCUUGUAUACUCUAUCCGCGCAUUUGCGCCUCGCUGCUGCAGUACAAAGCUAUCAAUGGUGUAACGGCGGCGCUAUCAACAAGAAGAAGAUGCCUUUUAUCGGGCCCAUCCCAUCCACAUUCCCACAGGAAUUCGCAAACAGCGUCCUGCGUGGCGCGGACCACUGCCUCUUCAUUCUCCAUCUUCUACACGAUUAUCUUGAGAGUGACGAAGUAUCUGCAAAUCAGGGCAGGUCAAUUGAAAAUGACGAUACACAGCUGGCAGACCCGCUGCCUUUUCGGUUUGUCUCGAAAUUGAAUGUUGAAAAAGGUGGGAUAGACGGGUCCGAUGUCAACAGCCAGAUUGAAGAUGAUCUUCCAUCCCCGGACAAAUGGCUCGAUGUUGUGGCUGCAUCGAUGGGAUUGGAAGCAUUCGACGUCAUCACCUGCGCAACGGGGAGCCCCGAUUCGGUUUGUUCUGGACAUCUGAGGAAACCAGGCGAGUGGAUCACCGCUGCAUCCUUAUAG